GUCUGGUCAGACGGUUUAAUGUAUCGUAAACUUUCGCUUUAUACAGACUGGUUUAGCGCUUGAUUUCAUUUCUGUUAAUCUCUACCAUUUAUAACCCGUGACAAAUUUUUUUGGCUGUUUAUGAUUAACUCCACACAAUCUUUAAAAUGAGUUUUAAUUUUAAUUUUGCUAUUGUUGUUCUUACGUUAACAACUUUAACAGCUUUUUUUUGUACUGGCGCAGAACAAAAAAUUACGACAGAAGAAACUGCCAAUGGUGGGGAAAUACGUAUUUUUAAACGUCUUAUUCCUGCCGAUGUUCUUAGAGAUUUUCCUGCAAUGUGCUUUGCCUCCACACGAUGUGCUACUGUUGAGCCCGGAAAGUCUUGGGACCUGACUCCUUUCUGCGGAAGAUCUACUUGCGUACAAAAUGAGGAAAACGAAUUAAAGCUUUUGGAACUUGUAGAAGACUGCGGACCAUUGCCUCUGGCGAACGACAAAUGUAAAUUGGACACAGAGAAGACUAAUAAAACCGCUUCUUUUCCUUAUUGCUGUCCCAUCUUCACAUGUGAGCCUGGAGUUAAAUUGGAGUACCCAGACAUUGCCAAGGACAAUGACAAAAAGAACGUUGAGUAAAUAAAAAAUAUAUUUGAGGGUUAUUAUUACAAAACUGUAUCACAAUAUUUUAAAUACAAGUGUUGCUUUUGUCAAAAAUAAA